UUUCAAAUCCGUAUUUGGGAAAUAUUUCAAAGAAUUCAAAAUAAAAAUCCCAACAAAAAAACUAGCAAAUUACAUUAAUUACAAUUUACACAGUAAAUUCACACUCACCAAAUCCACACAACCGCCUUAACCAACCGCGGUUAAAAUCUAACCAUGGUUCCAGGGUUUUAACCCCAAAUCUCCCCCUCAAAAAAAGGUGGGCUCUCGCCACCUUAAAUACAGGAAAUCCCAGUCCAAUUUUUUCACAACUCUCUCUCUCUAUUUCUCUCUCUCUCUCUUUCUUUCAGUUUUUUUCCUUUUCACAAAUUUUGCUUUUCAGGGUUACUGAAUUCUCCAAAUCCAUUUCGUUGAAUUCAAUCUCAACGCAAGCUCUGUUGAUUUAAUUCAAGUGCUCAAUUUUUUAAUUUAUUUUUAUUUAUUAUUUUUUUUGGAGUGGAGAAAUCAUCAAACGGCGCCGCUGACAGAAUCAGAAAUCAGAAUCACGUUUUUUUUAGGUUGGUAGAGCCGAAGACUUAUAUUUUCUGAAAAUGGAGUGCAAUAAAGACGAAGCUGUCAAGGCUAAAGAAAUCGCCGAGAAGAAGUUACAGGAGAAAGACAUUGCAGGAGCCAAGAAAUUUGCUUCGAAGGCAAAGAUUCUAUUCCCCAAGCUCGAGGGUCUGUCUCAGUUCCUCGAAGUGAUUGAAGUUUACGCUUCGAACGAGAAGAAGAUAAAUGGAGAAACAGACUAUUACGGCAUCUUUGGUGUAGAUCCAUCAGCCGAAGAAGAAGCUUUAAAGAAGCAGUACAGAAAACUGGCUCUCUCUCUCCACCCUGACAAAAACAAGUCAGUUGGUGCCGACGGUGCAUUCAAGAUAAUGUCUCAAGCAUGGAGCGUACUUUCAGACAAGGAAAAGAGAAGUGCGUACAACUCGAAGAUCAACAUCAGAGCUUCAAAUCAGACUAGUGGCAUUAGCAGCAGUUUCCCUUCAUCAAGUGCAAUGUUUAAUAAAGCCGCUGCCACAAAUCUCUACCAGAGGAGUGUACCUGCUCAACCAAGGGCUGCCACAGGUCAACAGAGGUAUACGACACCUGGUGCCGCCAGCUCACAGCAUGUUCCGCCAUCUGGUGCCGCCAGCUCACAGUAUGUUCCGCCAUCUGGUACCGCCAGCUCACAGUAUGUUCCGCCAUCUGGUGCCGCCAGCUCACAGUAUGUUCCGCCACCUGGUGCUGCCAGCUCACAGCAGAGUUCAUGGUACAUACCUCGUCCAUGGCGCCCAAUGGAUCUAAAUUCUGAAGUACCCAUGGGUUCUUAUUUCAUGCCCACGGGUGGGGCUCCGUUUACUUCCUUUACAUUUAUGCAGCCACCGUUACACAGUCAGCGUACUUCGUUUACAUUCAAGCAACCAAACCCAAUCCCUCGUCCACCGAAAUCCGUGACCUUUUGGACUUUGUGCGUCCGGUGCAGGACGCAGUACGAGUACCGUAGAAUCUUUGUCAAUCAGACUCUUCAGUGCCCUCAAUGCAAGAAGCCCUUUUUGGCAACAGAGAUGCCCGCACCGAAUGUGAAAAAUCGUAAGUCAAAUGUUCGUAGAAAGGUACCAGCCAGCAAGAAUUUAAAGAGAAAGCAUGAAGAGGCAGUAAAUGUGUCGAGGAAUAACAACAGCACUGUCCCAGAAAAGGUGGUGGAACCAGCUUCGGCUUCAGCUUCGGCUUCGGCUUCAGCUUCGGCUUCGGCUUCAGCUUCAGCUUCAGCUUCUAAUGCUGGUAGUGGUGUGAACAGAGACAAGCCCGUUAAAAGGAGACGCGUAAAUGGUCAGAAAUACGACGAGAACAUUAAUAAAAAAGAAGCCUGUUCUGAUGGUGGACAAGGUUCGAAGAGUGCGAAGGAGUUGUCUCAUAUCGAGAUUCGUGAUAUGCUGAUUGGGAAAGCGAAAAAGGAAAUUCUUUUGCAGCUCGAAAAGUCAAAAUCUUCUCGUCCAGAGAGAGAGGAGAGGAAAGAUGAAAAGUCAAAAUCUUCCCGUACAGAGAGAGUGGAGAGGAAAGAUGAAAACUCAAAAUCUUUCCAUACAGAGGGAGUGGAGAGGAAAGAUUCUCAAGAUGUCUUGAAAAACGAUUCCGCUGAUGAAAAAAUCAGUGAUACCAAGAACACAUUGCAGCCUAACCAAACUGAAGAUACCGAAGAUAUAGACGCAAAUACCGAAGAAACUGUAUCAAUGGUUGUGCCCGAUGCAAAUUUCCAUAACUUCGACAAUGACAGGAUGGAGGUGUCUUUUAUCGAAAACCAGGUCUGGGCUGCAUAUGAUGAUGAUGACGGUAUGCCUCGUUAUUAUGCUCUUGUCCAGUGUGUGGAAUCAAGAAAGCCGUUCAAGAUACAAAUCAGCUGGUUGAACUCCAAAUCAUGUUCCGAAUUCGGAACCCUCGACUGGACCGGCAUGGGAUUCACAAAGACCACUGGAGAAUAUCGUGUCGGAAGAGCCGUUACCAAUAAAAGAUUGAAUUCCUUCUCUCAUCCAGUUAAAUGGAGAAAGGGCGCGAGGGGGGCCAUACAAAUUUUUCCAACGCAAGGUGAUAUUUGGGCAUUGUACGCGAAUUGGUCCACUGACUGGAACGUGGUCACACCGAAUGAAGUUGUACAUAAGUACGAUAUGGUGGUUGUCCUUGAAGACUAUGAUGAAAGUGUGGGUGUUUUGGUUGCUCCUCUGGUUAAAGUGCCUGGGUUUACUUCUGUAUUUAACCAUGGUUUAGGGAUCCGGAAGAUUCCGAAUGAGGAGAUGUUUCGAUUCUCUCAUCAGGUACCCUUUUAUGCGCUGAAUGAGAGCGAAGGUGAAAAUGUUCCAGAGGGUAGUUACGAGCUGGACCCUGCUGCUCUGCCUUUGGAGCUUCUUAAGGUCACGACAGCUGUCGAUGAAGGUGAUGGAACAACGGGUGUGAAAGAUUCUAGAUUUGCGUUUAAAUAUUCGAGAAGAAACAAAUGAAGGAAGAUGGAAAGGGGAUAUUGAUCUGUCAAAGAGAUGAACGAGCGUGGAUGCAUUAUAGGUAGUGUCUUUUAUUUUUUUUCUUUUUUUUUUGUUUGGCAAUUCCUGAACUAUAUAUAGUUUCCCUUUGAGAAGUAAGAGGUUAUGAGUUGGGAUUUAAACUUAUAGAACUUUUUUAUGAGAAAAGUGUAAAGCUAUACUGAGAACGAUGAAACUAUCUAUAAAUGAAAGCUAUUUACAUUUGUUUUAAGUUUAACGUAUUUUUCUUUUAUUUUUAUUUUUAGUUUUUAUAUAUGCUGUUUGUGUCUUUGUAUAUUUCAUUGGAAGGUGAAAAUUAGGUGACUGGUUUGUUAAUUUCUUGCUUGAAAUGGUGCUUGUGUUAAUUUAGAUUUACUGAUGAUUAACUUGAAAACGUAACGUCACAUUCGUAUUGUUUCUUAAUUAACUUUUUCUCUUACUGCAUUGGUAGAAAAUAAAUUGAAGUAUGCUUUCUGUUAGGUUUUAAUCAUACGACGAAAAAGUGUUACUCAAUAAAUCGAAUUAUUUUUGCUUUUCUUGUGAAGGUAAAUUCUCUCCCGACUCAAAUUAGGAAACUUGUCCUAACGAGAAAGCGAUGUGCUUCUGUUGAAUAUUUCAUAUUAAAUGAGGCCAUAGAACUUUUAUCUUCUUCUGAUUUUUCAUUAAACAUACAAAAAUCAUUUGUAGCUAAUAUCUUCUGUUCUUUGUUUGAGUAACGGCAUCGCAGUAAAAAUCAUUGCAUGCAAACCGAAUGGAAUCAUUUGGCCGUUUUAACAAGCAUGCAAAAAGCAUAUACAUGCUAAUGUCUUCUGUUCUUUGACAGCAGAGAGGAAACGUAAAACAAGAUCAGCCAUCGAUAAGGUAGGUGAAAAUUUUACGCGAAAUUUACAUUAG